AUGUUUGGUGCUGUUGUUGAUAUAUUUUCAGCGGGGAUAGCUCUUAGCGACUUUUUGUCACGGUUAAAAACAUUCAAUGCCAUUCUCCUAAAUGAGUUUGUUGCCGAUGGUGGAGAACUGGGCGGUCGGGGUGGAGGAGUUUCAAACCUCUUUCUGACCAAUAGAGGGAGAAAGCGUUCGAAAUUUCCUUUCAUUUCUUCAUCAAUAUGCUUCUGCGUAUCUUGCCGUCGAUUAUCAUGCUGUCGCCGUUGCUGCCUGAUAUUCUCUUCUCCGUUAUCAUUAUUGCUUGUUGUGGGGGUCGAAUCACUGAAUCCUUCUCCCCUGUCGUCCACUUCUGCUUCUUCCUUCUUUUAUGCUGGUGCGAGCGUGUUUCUCUUUCUCCUCAGCUCUGCAGUUGCACGCACGUGGGCUAUGAAGGCUGUGGCUAAUCGGUGUGAGAGCCAGAAAACUUUGGUGCCCAAGGUCUUCGAGUCUUCGGUCAUCCUCUUCCUUCUUGAGAUAGCUCGUUAUUGCUGUAAGUGUGUUUUUCUGCUGUUAUUAUGCCUGAGGUUAUACAUAUUUUGUGCCCUGUAGCUGCCGUACAGUUGGAAAGAGGAGGAGAUUUAAGUUUGAGCUGGAAAUCAUCUUAAAGCCUGGUAAUAAUAUACAUAUGGGAUUGACCUUGUUUAAAUUGGUUAAUAGUGAAGAAUUAGUUAGGAUUAUGUUAAAAGAGAUGAGAUGUGGGACUUGAGAAAUAAUGACUAUAAGAUGAUUGUUGAAGUGCUUGGUAGAAGAAAUUGAACUUGAUUUUUGA